CGCCCCUCCCGUGGGCUGCGCGGCGGGAUGCGCGUGGGGCUGAGCGGCCGUGAGUGGGAGGCGGCGCCCGGGUGGUUGCGCGCACCAUGGGGAACAAGCAGACCAUAUUCACUGAGGAGCAGCUGGACAACUACCAGGACUGCUCGUUCUUCAAUAAGAAAGACAUCCUCAAGCUCCAUGCGCGCUUCUACGAGCUGGCCCCCAACCUCGUCCCCAUGGACUACAGGAAGAGCCCCAUCGUCCACGUACCCAUGAGCCUCAUCAUCCAGAUGCCAGAGCUCCGGGAGAACCCCUUCAAGGAGAGGAUCGUGGAGUCCUUCUCCGAGGACGGCGAGGGCAACCUGACCUUUAACGACUUUGUGGACAUGUUCUCCGUGCUCUGCGAGUCGGCGCCCCGAGAUCUCAAGGCCAACUAUGCCUUCAAGGUCUACGAUUUCAACACCGACAACUUCAUCUGCAAGGAGGACCUGGAGAUGACGCUGGCCAAGCUCACCAAGUCGGAGCUGGAGGAGGAGGAGGUGGUGUACGUGUGCGACAAGGUCAUCGAGGAGGCCGACCUGGACGGCGACGGCAAGCUGGGCUUCUCCGACUUCGAGGACAUGAUCGCCAAGGCCCCCGACUUCCUCAGCACCUUCCACGUCCGGAUCUGAGGGCACUGCCCAGGUCGCAGGGGCCCGGAAGCCCACCGUCUGGCUCUGCUGUCUAUACGCAAGUGACCUCCAAGCUCCCAGGACAGGAGCUGUGGCCCCUGGGGUCCACCCACGAACAUUUCCUUGGCCCUUUCAGCAAAAAAUCCUUAACCAGGGAAGGGGGGUGUGAGGAGCAGGCCCUUCCCAGGCCCCCCUGUGGUCCGGCCCCGGGACCCACAGCCCCUCCAUGGCCUUCCCUCUGUCCCGUACCCAGUCCUGUCCCCGUUACAGCAGCCCCCUGAGAGGGGAAAGAGGAACAGCGAAUGGGCGGGGGUUACUGACUUGUCCAUGUGCCGGAAACACACCCUGGCCAGCCCAGGCAAAGUGGGAGGAAAAGAGGAUGAGAUUUUAAAGAGCUGUGCAGUCUUUCUCCAAACCCACGGCUGGGGCACAGCCCGCCCACCCGCCACCCCCAACAUGAAGCUGUGUGAACAGCGGGUCUCCGUGCUCCAUCCCUCUGUCUGCCCUCCCCAGCCACGUGGAACCCUCCCUGCUGUGUGCUGUCCACUGACGUGUGAACUCCUGGUAGUAAAGCACUUUCCGGUCCCCACCCUGUCCGUGUCUGCCAGCGGCGCGCACGUCCCCCAGUCCUUCUCGGCCUUGGCCUUGGUGGUCACCUCUGGGUCAGGCAUCAUCCUCCGGCUUCAGGCACUAACUUUUAUUUCAGUGCUUGUGCCUUUGGGAGGAAGACACAUCUGUGCCCCGAACCGUGAUGCGCGCCCCACAUGGGAUAUACGCUGGGUGUGAGUUGUGUCCAUUUCUCUCAGACAGCAGUGGUUCCGGUGAACAUUUACAGGGUGCUAAAGUGUCGGGGCAGGCUGGUUGCCACGCUCAAUCCUGGCAACGCCCCUGGGAGGUGGGGGCGCUUCGCCCCUUUCCUCAGAGGGAAGCUGCACGGCCCAGAGGCCAUUGAGGGGAGAUUUCCCCAGAAGCGUGAACUGAGCCAGUUCUGCCCAGUUCUGGUGGGGAGGGGCUGUGAUGUCACAUGGGGGUGAUCAGUGUGUCUUCCUCUGCCUGGGACAGUGGGCGGGAAGCACCGAGCUGAUUGUCACCCCUAGGGAGGUGGGGACAUGGGCUGAGGGGAAGUGGGACAGAGCAAAGGAUCUGAGUGGGGGGUUCCAGCCAGAGCACCCCGACCCGAGUGAUGGCUGUGCUGAGAGGCCGAGUGCCCUGCGUCCAGAGCUGCCACUGGGCAAGGCCCUCAGGGCACCUUGGAGGGCACAGUCUGGGUCUCCUGGGAGGAGUGAGUGCCUCCUCUAGGGCCUUGAUUUCUUCCCUCGGUGGGUGGGAGGCCCAGGGGACAGCUGGAAGGCCCCUCCCGCUGUGUCUCCAGGUGGGCACACAGGCUGUGGCUCCGUCGCAGGCUGCGGGGGGGGGGGGGGG